UAGCUGAGAAUCCCCUGACCGAGAAUGGUGGAACCAAUCAGAAGUUUUGGCGUCGUAAAUACGUGAGGAGUCGAGGUGUCACAAACGUCAGACGCUGCUGUUGCUGGCGUCUCGUAAAAUCAUAGAAUCAAUCGGCAACGCGCGCGACAAGUCGUCCAGUCGGGAAGAUGUAAUAUAUUGCUCGCCCUUUCUCGCACGUAUCUUUUUGCCGGCGAGAUACCGCGGAACAUCGUCCGCGUAAUUCUUCCGUUCCAAAAACACAUAUUCCUAUCCUUAGACAUGAACGGACAGAUGCAUUCGUCGCGGGAGAGGUUAGGUGGUUUUGGUCCCGGCCAUUUCGGAUUAUUUUCCGGGAUGAUCCCAGAUCGUGUACCGACUAUACAAAUUCCUAUCUCGGAUCGUGGUUUCGGAUCAUCCGAGAUGCCAUUGGACGACGCUAUGGCCGCUACAGAGGUCGACAGCAAAGUCAAGACUAAAUUGCUCUCCAUGUGGAACAAUGUUAAAUAUGGCUGGACUGUGAAGAUAAAGACAAACUUCUCUAAGGAAUCUCCAGUAUGGUUGCUGGGUCAAUGUUAUCUGAAAAAAUCGGAGGAUCCCUUGGAGAGGGCGUCAGAAGCUCUAGAACCGGUUGGAACAGGGAGUCAGGUUUCCUUAGCAAUGGACGCCACCAACUUCGAGAAUACGAUAGAGGAAUUUAAGAGAGACUUUGUAUCGCGCAUCUGGUUAACAUAUAGACGAGAAUUUCAGAUACUGAACGGCUCCACCUUUACCACAGACUGCGGCUGGGGCUGCAUGCUGCGCAGCGGACAAAUGAUGCUAGCGCAAGCGUUGGUCUGUCAUUUUCUCGGACGGGAAUGGAGAUGGCGACCGGAACAACCAAUCGACACUCUUCAAGAGAUGGUGGACGACCGUAAUCAUCGAAUGAUUAUUAAAUGGUUCGGCGAUCAAUCAGAAUCUCCAUUCUCCAUACACAGGCUCGUAUUGCUGGGUGCUGCCGCGGGAAAACGUGCAGGCGAUUGGUACGGUCCCUCCUCAGUUGCUCACCUUUUGAGUCAGGCUGUGGAGUGCGCAAGCAAGCAACCCAAUAGCAAACUCGACCAGUUGGCAGUAUACGUUGCGCAGGAUUGCGCAGUAUAUUUGCAAGACGUAGAAAGUGUUUGUCGCACUCUUGAUGGUAAAUGGAAAGCUCUGGUGCUAUUGGUGCCUCUGCGACUCGGCGCCGACAAGCUGAACACCCUUUAUGCGCCCUGUCUGACAUCGUUAUUAACGUUGGAUACGUGCAUCGGCGUGAUCGGCGGUCGACCGCGACACUCGCUCUAUUUCAUUGGCUAUCAGGACGAUAAAUUGAUUCAUCUAGAUCCGCAUUAUUGUCAGGAGACUGUAGAUGUGUGGAAAAAUGAUUUUCCAUUGACAAGCUUCCACUGCACAUCGCCAAGGAAGAUGUUGCUCUCGAAGAUGGACCCUAGUUGUUGCGUAGGCUUUUACUUUCCCAAUAGGGAAUCGCUCACCGACUUUAUGGAGACGAUUCGACGAUUUGUGAUACCAAAUCAGAAGACGAACUAUCCAAUGUUCCUGUUUUGCGAAGGAAGCGGCAAGGAUCUCCAGCAUGGUAUCGAGGUCGUCGAAGGUCUUUUGCCGUCAACGAAUCCGUUCGUCGGUCACGAUACACCGGAGGAUGAUCUGUAUGAGUCUGAAGAGUUCGAGUUACUGCAAUAAGAUAAAAAAAGGAGAGAAAAAGAACAAACAGGUGAUAUUUAAAUGAAUAUCGAGGAUACUUUCGCGAAAAUAUCUUUACUCAUAAAUGUCCAAUUUUUUUUUUUGCGACAGUAUUCUUUAUAUGUCCGCUCCUUUAUAGCAAAUGUAAGAAAACGAAGUGUGAAUCGAAUAUUAUAUCGGAAAGAUAAAAUCGGAGCGCAUGCGGAGAGCAGCGCAUCUCCAUGAUCUCAAUGCGUGUUUGAGGAUAAGAUUCGGGUUUCACGCAAUGACCAGUUAUUGUUACUUACAAGGUAAGAAGUAAAGAAAGAGCAAGAUAUUAUUCCCGACGAUGUUCUAGUACAACUUAAUCGAUUAAAUUGACCGUAUAUUUUUUCGAUCAUCUAAUAUGUAUAUAUAUUAUAUGCAAUGAGAAUGCACAAUUUUUCUCAUCUGAUUAUACACGAUCUCGAAAUUCGUUGAUCAUUUUAUUAUUUAUUAAGAAUAAUUAACUUGAUAUAACUUAAUAUCAUAAUAUUUCAGUAAUAAUCAUAUUUAUUUAUUUUGCAAGUGUAUACAAAGCGAAACGUUCGUAGAUCAUAAAUAUUGAAAAAAUUUGCGAAAACGCGCAUUCCACAAUUUAAAUCGAGAGAAACACAUGUUUGUAACAAAUUUUUGCUAAAUUCUCUCUAAAAUAUAUGAAACGAAAAUCCGCGCGGAUAUAAGAGAAUGCCAGUUCUCACAAGUCUGAUUUACUUAAAGGAAAAUAUAAUAAACCAUUUAUUUAUUUAUUUAUUUAUUUUUUUACGACUGAAGUCCUGAGUAAUUUCUGCUUUAAGAAAGGAAUAACGGGAUUCGUUAGGAACGUGAGCAUGGCAUAUACAGGGUGAAGCAGCUAAUAGUGCACGUCUAAAUAUCCGUUUAAGAAAGAUCUGACAUCUGUAUCUAUUUAUACAUAUAUCUAUAAAUAAAAGAAUCGAUAUUUAAAAAUAUAUAUGUAUCUAAUGAUAUCUCGAUGAAAUUUUCGAAAUUUCAAAUAUUUCUUCUUGAACGAAUUUUUUCCCUGUUAUAUAGUCCUAUCUUUAAAUUGUCCUUUAUCUUUAAAAAUAUUUCCGCGUAUUUUCGACAAUACGAUAUGAAUGUUUAAAAUAGAAGAGAGUAGAAUAUAAUAGGAUGUAGAAAAUUAAUUGAUUUUUCGCAUAUCGAGAUUAUUCAAAGGUUAAGAAGAAAAAUAAACAAGCAAAUAAUACUCAAGUGUGAUGACAAAUAAAAAAAUCUAUGAUUCUAAACAUAUAUAAUAAAUCUCUAUAUAAAAAUAGAAAAGUAAGAAUAAAAAAGAAGAUUAGUUAAAAAAAUUAUUUAGAUGUACUCUAUUGGAGAGAUAUGCCUCACCCUGUAUACGCAUAUACAUAUAUAUAUUUGCAUAUGUAUAUGCGUAUAUUGUACUUAUAUUGUUAAAACUGUAUACAUAAUAUUGAACGUUGUUAUAUAUCUCUCUUACAUUGAUAACGUUAUAUAUACGUUGGAAAUAAAGAAGAGAAAUGUGUGGUGAUUA